GACGAGUUCCUGGCGGUGCUCGUCAGGCCUGCCUCUCCCCUCCGACGGGCUCUUUGCUCCGCUGCCCGGCCGAGACCGCCCGGCACGACAGCUGGGCCCUGACAAAAAUGUGGCAGCAUGCUCGCCGCCACAUCGACUGGCUCCAAGAAAAUUCCCAGGCCCGGGCGGAGGCCUGGGACAGGACCUGGGGCCUGGGCCGACUGCCGCGCCGCGCCUGGCACCCGGCCUGGGAACGGCUCAAUUUCGACACGGGCGACGAGGACGAGGAUCCGGCAGUCGCCAUCCUGCCGGAGCAGCUCGCCAAGAUCCUGGGCCCUCGCCCGGUCACCGGGAGCCGACGGAGAUGGUCCCGUACGCCGAGCACGCGGCGGGAAUCCACCGGCGGGACCCAUACUAUUUGGCGCGCCUGGGGCCCUGGUCCAGGGUGGUCCAUCGCCCGGCCAGCCCCCACCUCGACGACGGGAUCGCGGAAUGCGGUCGCCGCGUCGAGCAACGCCGCCGGGCCCUUAUGUACUGGGCCCCGCCUCCCGUCGAGCAGGGCGGUCUUCCUUGGAGUGGUGCGUCGUCUGCUGGUGCGGCCGCAACCUCAGCCGGGUCGACGACGAGGUGGUCAGCGAGAUGGAGUGACGCCGGGCCACGUCGCCAGGCGGCCGGCAGAGACCCUCGGCCCGACCGGGCCGAUCUUCCCGAGCGCCAGGGAAGAGGAAAAGGAGUGCCCGUGCGGGGGCCCGACGAGGUUCGAGGCCACCGUCGUUCACCCGCUCCUGGCGGGCUUUCGCGACGCCUCCUCGGGGACUGAGUUUGUGGUCCAUGAGGGGGAGCGCCCGGCCGUCCGGGCGGUGCUGCUCCACAUGUACCUGGAGGCUCGGACACAGUGGGAGGCCUGGUCCGCCCAGCGGGCGGCGGCCAUUGGGGCGAUCACGCCUCCGUCUCCCUCGGCAUCCGCCCUGCCCGCCUUGCCGCUUCCGCCCGUUGCCUACAACGACAAGCUCCUCGAUGGCAAGCCCAGGUCAUUUCCCACGAGACGCCUGGCAGGGGCGGAUGCGGUGCUCGCCAGGAUCUACCACGAGCACACCGUCUCUAAGGCCUACACGCCGCUCCUUCUGGGCGAGAUUUUGGCAGCCAGGACCUGGACAUCCGGGAACGAGCUAAAUCGCCUGGCGGUUCCCCAGAAGGAGGCCGGGUCCCUCCACCUCGUCGGGGGAAGCCUAGUCGCCGCGGACGACAAGCGGCCGUGGGAGCCUCGCGGAGUCAUGUCCGUCGUGGAUGGGCUGGAGGCGGUGCGCCUGGCCUGGAUCCUGACCACGGUCAGCGACGAGGGCGACGUCAACGAGGUCACCGCCGAUAUCAUGGCGGACACCUCCUCCUGGCUGGAGGCCAUGGCCACGCCGCCGCCUAGGCCCGAGCCCAAGAAGCCCGCCAGGCCACCCCCGCCCCCUAAGGCCGAGCCGGACCAAGGGGCGGACUGGACCCCCCCGGCCCAGAAGUGGCAGCGCACGGGGAAGGGCAAGAAGGGGCAGAAAGGCCAAAAGGGCGGCAAGAAAGGCAACAAGGGCGCCGGGAAGGGCCAAGAGCGCCAAC